AGUUUCACAUCCUGUAAAUCUGUAAACAAACAGGCUUGGACCCAGACCUGAAUGUGGUUACCACUGUAAGACAACCAGUUGUGUAUGUGUUAGCUGUCCACCAUGAGGACCUCCUCUAUACAUUGGACCUAUGUUCAACAUUACCUGUGGGCCCUUGUGUCACUUAUCAUCAUUCCACUAGCCAGGACUGGAGAUAGCACACAUUCCUUCACCGUAAAUGGGGGUAACUGUGGCUCCUUCAUCAGCUUCAUGACUAAAACAAUGGACAUACAUUGGAAGGGUGCAGCUCUGGAAGAUGACUGUUCUGUCUACAUAGCUAUAAACUCAAUCACACCGUACACAGUUAACAACACCCUGUGUGCUAGAGCGGAGGCGUGGGACGUGACAGAUAAACACUUCACUCUCAGCUUUGGAUCAGGAUUUGGCUACACAAGGAGAACGUACUUCAAAGCCAAUGAAACAAAGAACAAUGUUACGUACUGUGCUAGAGAAAAUAGCGGACUUCGCCUACGAUUCUUCACAUACAGAAAGUCAAAGUCACAUGUACACCUGAAGAUUACACAGACAUACAUACCAGAUGACAGCCGAGGAGAUCCACUACCUACAGCAGUGUAUAGACUCCUGGGAGGGGCCGGCGCCAUCAUCAUGGUCGGACUGCUAGCGUCAGUCAUCCUUAAACGAAGACGCAGAGCGAGACAAGGUUACAUUGGUAGAGGCGGUGUGGUCCUUAGACGAACAGAUGAGGCUGGCAACAGAGAUGAGGCUAUGGUGGCUCUGUACCGACCAGCACAGAACAACCCGUGUACAUUUACGACGACAAGCACUUCCAACAAUGGAAUUAACGGGUACAAUGGCCCUGCCGCUCAAUCCUUUACAGAGUACCCAUCUUCACAACCAACAAAGCCGCCAGAGUACUCUGAAAUCCAAGGCAACCAAAAUGGAUUCCCACAAUACCCAGAUUCAGCUCCACCAUGUUAUGAGGAUGUUGCCGGGGGCAGAUCUGAAAACACCAAGAUCUAAUUAAACAUGUCCACUAAUUCUGCUGUAGAUUUUAAACAAAUAUUCCGUUAUAGUUUUACAGUUUUUUUAGAAAAAUUACCAAGAGUAUUAUGAAAUUUGGCUUAGAGGAUCAUGACCUGUUUAGCCUUACAAUGUGCCUUAGUGUAAAUUAAUCAAUGAAGAAAAUAAAACAUAAUUACUGUAAUAGAUUUUUUCAGUUCAGUACCGGGCACCUCUCAGCAUAGUUAUCCCAGAAACAUUAUAAUGUCUUCCACAUAAAUUGAAGUGUUAUGUCUAUAAAAAGGAUAAUUAAGUUUCAGUAAUUCAUAGUUGAUUUCCAACCAUUUUUAUGUUGAUGUGUAUAUUGCAUGACGAUAGUACAAUGUACUAUUGUUUGUCGGUUUGUUUCCUUGCCUACACAAUAGUAUAGGUAUAGCCAGCAUUGUUAUAUUGCUUGUAUACUGCAAUUGCUACAUUUAACUGAUUAUUAUAAUACAUAUUGCAAUAUAUUAUGAAAAAUAAAACAAAUGGAUAUAUAGAAUGCAAUUUUUUAAAGUGAGACUUAAGAUAUAAAUUCUAAUCUGAGAUAUAGUAUUGCUGAAAAUUCCUUUUGAAACAAUUAAAACUACUUAUACAAAACUGUUAAUUGAUCAGACAUCACUGAUUUAUUCUAUAUUAAAAAGAAGUGAAUGUAAGCAUUAUUUAUGCUGAAUGGUUAAAGAAACUUGUGUCAAUACUAAACAAAAUGUAAAAUUUUGACAAAUAUUGCAUAAUGAUUUUUCAAAAAACCUAUUAUAAUACAGUACAACUAUAUAAUAUUGUCAGGCAAAAAAAAUCCAUAAUUUGCUUUCAUUCAAUCCUGUCCUCAGGCCAUUCAGGCAGCGCUGCACACAAUCAUUUCUGAUCAACUAUAUCUUUUCACUGCAAUAGCCGAUCAACUUCAUUUUACAAUCAUAUUGUUGAUACCUUUCUUGCCUUAGAAAGUGCCUUUUGUCUUUCACGUCUUAGUGUACACAUGAUUUCUGAUUAAUGUGAACAUAAACCUAAGUUAGACCUUAUUGAAACAUUUAUGUAAAAUGUGAUUAGAUUUUAAUGUUAUACUUACUUGAUUGUUACUUUUUUGUUAUAUUCCUGAGCUUGCUCACCCUCAAGAAUCCUUGAGCAUGUCUUCCCAUUGGCAGUAUGUAACGAUGCUUUUAUAAUCAUACUAUUAUACAUUAUCGAUUUCAACCAAGUUGUAAAGAUUUGCUUUAAUUAUUUAACUUUGUUUUUACACUUAUACUCUGAGUGUUGUAAUAGGACCUAUGUCAAAGUUCUUGGUACAAUGGCAAGGCGUCAUCUUGUAAUAAAACGGUUGAAUGCAUUCAACAUUGAAAUAUAUUUUUUGCUGUGCAGAUGUGUAAACAAUUAUAAGCACUAUCCUAAUUUUGGUAAUUGCAAAGUUCUACAUUUUUUUUACAAUACAUUUGAGAAAAUUAUUUUGAUUCCCAAAAAACAUUAAAAUCAUCCUUGCUAGUGUGUUUGAAUAGAACAGCACAAUGUCAUUUUUAUUCUUACUGGACCUAUGACACAAUUCUCUUUUGAUUUAAUAUACUUCAAGCAACAAAGUGUGUGCUGGGGGGGGGGG